GGGGCAGGCAGGGAUGCUGCGAUUGGAAGAUGGACAAGAAUUAUGGAUAAAUUUAGUCCCUGUGCCUUAAGACUGACACCUUGCCCCCCCCCCCUCAUCACUCUCCUUCCAGACAUUUCACCCUUUUUCUCUCGCACACCUUGGAAUACAUGGUUAGUGGCUCAUUAAAUGACAGAUGCAUUGCGUAGCUUGUCCCAUUUUCCUCUCGCUCCCCCUCUCCCCUUGUUAUCUGUGUGGCGACAGCAUGACUGCCUGCGUCAGCCACUAAAUGCUGCUUGCUGCAGUCGGAGGAUCGUGUGUGUGUGUGUAGUUGAGUGAGCCGGGGGGGGGGCUGCUGCCUAUCGUCUCCUCUACUACCCUACCCAGCAUGCAUGGAGGACCGACAGGCUGAAUCAUCCCACCACCUUUCUGUCGACUGUGCCAAGCUGGGUGUUGGUGGUCCUGUGGACGAGCAUGGAGUGUUUGUGUCUGAUGCAGGGGCCAGGCACCACUGUCCUGUCCUGUCCCGUCCGUCCGUCCGUCCGUCUGUCUCGGUCUCAGCAGCUGGGUGUUGGUGGUCCUGUGGACGAGCAUGGAGUGUCUGUGUCUGAUGCAAGGGCCAGGCACCACUGUCCUGCUGCUACACACUUUGGCUUGGGCAUGGACAGGUGCGAUCGAACAUGAUCCCAAGAUUGAUGGACGGCAUCAAGCUGCACUAACACUGAAAGAGAAUGUCACCCACAAGUUCAACUGCCAGUCAGAGGGUUGGAAUCCUAAUGCCCCGCCCCUGCUGACGUGGUAUCUCAACGGGAAGCGACAGAGACAGCCGGCAGACAAACGGACACCUGGGCGCCUGGUGAUGACAUCAGUGGAGGAGUCUGGGCUGCUCAAAUCGGACUCCAAGCACAACAGCACCUUCUCUCUGAGAGCCAGGAAGUGGGAUACAGAGCUGGUGUGUGCCGCCUCCAGCCCUCGCAGUGGAGAGAGCUACAACACCACCGUCACCCUCAAUGUGCAGUUCCUGCUGGAGAUUCUGCGUGUAAACGCUCACUACACUGAAACCUCAGACCCUGGUCUCUCCCUGGUCCUCUUUGCCUUAGUACGGUCCAACCCUUCUGCCCACAUCACCUGGGUGGACCAGUCUGGCCAGCUGGUGGCCAACACAUCGGACUUCCUCAUCCUGGACUCGCGGAGCUACCCAUGGCUGACCAAUCACACGCUGCAGGUCACCCUGAGCAGUCUAUCAGGGAACGUCUCUGUGAACACCAGCAACAGUGUCGUUGCAGCUCAGAGCAACCUAACCCUGGCAGUGUUCCUCCAGUCCAGGGUGGAGGUGCCGGUGCUGGGCAUCCUGACAGGGGGCGCAGUGGGCUUCAUUACCCUUCUCAUCCUCUGCCUUCUGCACAAGGGCAAGACCGUCAUCGAUGAGCCAGUCGAGAUUAUAAUGGCAAAAAAAUGUGUCGAAUCACCUACUAUGAAGGUAGACAAGAUAUACCUACCCAGAGAGAACAUGUCUCUACCUUCCAACAUGCAACUCAAGGACCUCAGCACCCUGCGUAAAGCACGAGAGGCCGCCAAACACCACCUUGGGGAGAAGAUGAGCGAGGAAGAGGAGGAUCUGUCUGCUGCCUAUGCUGCGAGGGGCUUUGCCCGGUACUCCAUGGUGGGCGAAAUCUAAUAAGGUGAACAGCAAGAGCAGUGAUGAGAUCUGGCUCUGACUACUAUGCCACAGUCCCACCACUGGAUGGUCAAACCACAGUUCAACCGGCCAAUAGGAAAGACUGCCUGUCAGCCAAUCUCAUCUUCAAAAAGGACCAAUAGAGAUGCUGAGAUGAUUACAGGCGGAGACCAGCGAGAGAAACCGAUCAGGGAGAUAUGAUAGGUAGCGAUCUCACUCUGGGUUUAUCCAGAUGAACCUAUUACAGCAGGUGAUCACAUUCCAACUUGAUUCAGUGAAAAUCAGAAACUCAGAAUAUCAGGUCCUAUGUUAAUUGUUUAGUGUAUUUCAAGCUGACUGGAAUAAAUCUGUAGCCUGGUCCUAUAUCUGUUUGUGCUGUCUCUCUGUUUGGUGUGACAAUAUGUCAUGAACAGAUCUGGGACCAGGCUAAUAACUCUGACUACCAUGAACUGAAUCAUCAAAAGGUGCAGUUGUAGAAUCAAGUUAACGCAUUUAGAUGGCUCUAAACACCUAAACUGAUGCUUAGUGUGGGAAGUAUACUGUGGCUCUAAACACCUAAACUGAUGCUCAGUGUGGGAAGUAUACUGUGGCUCUAAACACCUAAACUGAUGCUCAGUGUCGGAAGUAUACUGUGGCUCUAAACACCUAAACUGAUGCUCAGUGUGGGAAGUAUACUGUGGCUCUAAACACCUAAACUGAUGCUCAGUGUGGGAAGUAUACUGUGGCUCUAAACACCUAAACUGAUGCUCAGUGUGGGAAGUAUACUGUGGCUCUAAACACCUAAACUGAUGCUCAGUGUGGGAAGUAUACUGUGGCUCUAAACACCUAAACUGAUGCUCAGUGUGGGAAGUAUACUGUGGCUCUAAACACCUAAACUGAUGCUCAGUGUGGGAAGUAUACUGUGGCUCUAAACACCUAAACUGAUGCUCAGUGUGGGAAGUAUACUGUGGCUCUAAACACCUAAACUGAUGCUCAGUGUGGGAAGUAUACUGUGGCUCU